UGGAACUACACGUGUGUUUGCCAUUAGACAAAAAUAUUUAAUUUUUAAUUGAAAAUGGCAACUAAAACGAUAAACAAAAAGAAACAUCAUUCGCGGAAACUCAAAUCCUCUUGGAGGAAGCACGUCGACAUCACAGAUGUUGAAAAUUUCCUGGAAGAUCAGCGAGUUGACCAAAUUAUUGGAACUGUGACUGACAAGCAAGACGAUGAACUUUUCGCUGUCGACGCAAAGCCAGACUCUGCGCUGCUAAAACUAACACCGAAGCAACAAAGAAAGCUGAAAGCAGCACAACCUCCGCGGUCUCUGGCCAGCUUGGAGAACCAAUCGCAAGUAAAGGAUCCCGUCGGCAAGAGAAAUCGCGUCAAAACGAAGGAGGAACGAAAACAUCCGUUGUUGCGGAAAAAGGAGGAACUUAAAGCGGCCGAGGGUUUCGUUCCGGAACGUUUGAAAAAAGCGCAUGAACAACGUCUCGCUGCCAAGCAGGCAAAAGCAGAAAAGAAAAACAAGGAAAAAGCUCCGGAUUUCACGAAGGAUCUAUGGGCAGAUGAAGAAGCGCCUGGAGUCCCCAAGGAAUUGAACAACGAAUGGUACAACAAAAAUCUCGUCGAACACAAUUUGGCAGGAUUGGGAAAGCCCAAAGUACGUCCACCGGGAGAACUUCGUGCAACACGAACAAAACUCAAGGCAAUCCAAGCGCCACAUCCCGGAAUCAGUUACAAUCCGACGUUUGACGACCACCAAGAGCUGCUGGAACAAGUGGUGGCCAAGGAGGAAACCAUCAUCAAGAAGCAGGAACGAAUGGAUCGUCUUGUUACGCAGAAAUUCGGCAAAAUGACACGCGAACAAGUGGAAAAAAUGAAGGAGAAGGAAAUGGUGCAAGGCUGGCCCAUUGACAAAAGCAAGGAAAAUUUGCAGAACGAGGAACCGAGUGACGACGAAUACAAAACGGUGAAUGCUCCCGUGCGAAACAAGAAAAAAGACCGCAAAGCACGUAGAAAACAAAAGGAACAACGGCAACGAGAGCUGCUGGAGCGACAAAAGAAACGCGAAGUAAAAAAAAUCAAGGAUAUCAACAAUGCGCCGGAAUUGACGAAAAAAAUCAAAGAUCACGAAAAAGUAGUGGAGAUGAAAGGAAAACGCCGUGCCGACCUUGAAGAAGCCAAAAAGACUCAAGCAGGUCGUUUGGCCAAAGUAAAAUUCCGCGAAGCAGAAAUCGAUGUCAAUCAAUUGGAAGAUAUCGCGGGAAAUUUGAGAAAUUUGAAGCCUGAAGGCAAUUUGUUGUUAGAUCGGUUCAAGAGUUUGCAAAAGCGAAACAUUCUGCCAUCGACUUUGCAUCGCAAGCGAAAGAUGAAGACCAUGGUAAAGAAAAUCAUCAAACAGUCGCACAAGAACGAGGGAAUAAGGACGAAAAAUUACAUCAAACCGCCCAAGUCGUCGCGUUAA